AUGUCUCAAUCCACAGGUGAUCAUCCACGUCGCAGCCUCCCCUUUCUCCCACCGGAGCUCACUCUUCGCAUUAUCGAGGAGUCUGAAGAGGCCUCUAUAUGCCUAGUAAACCAUCUUUCGAAAGGCCAUCUGCUGUGCGACGGUUUUCAGGAACAUACCACAGUCAUUUACCCCCGUAGUGAUAGGAAGGAGGACGGCACAUUUACUCGUGGAAAGUUCGAGAUACACCCGCUCUCCCAUUUGACCCUCGAGAAGAUCAAACAUCUCAUGAUACGAGGCAAAAGCUUCACCCCGAGGGAUCUAUCGGGCAUCCUUAAAGAGCUCAAAAGUUGUCUUGUAACUGCAACCGACGAAAACAAAUGGCGCAAAUGGCUAAGAGGCUAUCGACUUAAUAUCAUGGGCUCUGCGUUGUGCCCAAAGUGGGAAUUACUCACGAAUCUCGAAACACUUUGUCUUGAUAUGACUGGGACCGUAGAUAAGGGCAAUUCAGUCCUACUGGGGCUGCGCACCAGGGAGACGGCGUGUCACCUAAAUCUGAAGACACUGAUACUCCUAGGUGUCCCAUGCCUGGCAAGAUAUGAUUUCGAGACUCCAAAUGGGGAAGAAGGAGAGGAAUCUUGGCUUUGUUAUCUCGAAGAUAAGUCUACAUUCAUAUCUAAAUUAGGUGUCCAAACCCUCAACUAUCUUUACCUCUUCAAGGGCCUUAUGCGACCUGGUGGUCAGAUCCAUUUCAUUGCGCAGUUGCCACCAGGGACCGCGUAUUGGCCUAAUUUCAGGGAUGUUGUGGUACUCACCGAUGGCUUACAGUUAUAG